AUAAUAAAUGAACAACAAAACCCUCCAUUGUCAUCGCAAUCUACUCCGCAACAUCCACAUCGCUCUCUCACUGUUGUUUCCCCUUCUGUCAUUGAUUCUUCGGGUGCCCCGAAUCUCAAUUGUGAUGUUGUGCUCCUCGCUACUGCGGUUGUUGACGUCAAGAAUAGUGCUGGUACAUGGGUACCCUGUCGUGCGUUGCUCGAUUCCGGAUCGCAAUUGCACAUAAUCACAUCUCGACUUGCUCAGCAAUUACAACUGCGCAAAACUAAAUCAUUUGCAGCUGUAUCUGGUCUUGGCGACUCCGAGUUCCAGUCUGAUGGUUUUACUGUCAACAUAAAUCUUCGUUCUCAAACUUCUGAAUACACUACUUUCAUUUCUGCUUUAGUAGCCCCCAACAUAACAGACAAUCAACCUAACUUCAGUCUAAAUAUAGCAUCGUGGAACAUUCCCUCCAACAUUCGUCUAGCAGAUAAAGACUUUCACAAAUCCCAACGCGUUGAUAUGCUUAUAGGUGCAAGUCUUUUCUAUGAUCUUUUGUGUGUUGGGCAGAUCAAGUUGGCUUCUGGUCUGCCGCUACUUCAAAAAACCAGAUUAGGAUGGGUGGUCACAGGUGGCGACUCUAAGCCCAGAACAGCAAGGGUUCUAAACGCGGUAUCCUCAACGAAACCAUCCACUCAGCUUGAUCAGUUGGUGCGUCGCUUUUGGGAGCUUGAAAGCUAA